GACACAAGCCUCACAACCUCAGUGUACCUUAGUGCCGGGUAACUGUCACUCCCAUGGGUGGAAGAUAGCAGAGCUGCCGUUUCUUUGUAUUAUCUGCCAGAGAUCUCGGAGCGUGGAGGUCGAGUGUGUGUGUGUGUGUAUGGGUGUGUAUGUGGAUUGGGCAGAGCAGAAAGUUUAACCACAAGUUUGAGGGAAAGUUUCUUCACCAUUGGAAAAAAAAACCUGGAUUAGCAUUCAGACAUUUGCAAGCAUGGAGUCUAUAAAGACUGAAGGAUCUCAUCCAGUCUACAGCCGCUGGUCGUACAGACCUUCCAGCUCUACCAGCUUCUCUUCCAACUUGACAUCAAGUGGCAUUGAAGAUGACGGCAGCAGUUUAAUGCAACAGAAGCUGGAAAGACAGCGGGCGCUGCUAGAGCAGAAGCAGCGGCGGAAACGUCAGGAGCCCAUGAUGGUCCAGCCCAACACGGAGACGCGGCCCCGCCGCAACAGGACGCGUCACUGUGAUGAGCAGGACCCGCUGGUGGAGUCUCAGCUCAGCAUCAGCAACGAAGUCAUUCUUGAUGGUAUUGAUGGACCGGCAUCUUUCCUGGGAUCAGAAGCCGGCGAUCUGGGAACGAAAAUCCAAGUUCAGUCAGUGAGCAAGCCCUCGUCGCCGCAGCCCCGCCAUCAGUCUCCGCCUCCGUCACAGCAGCAGAGUCCUGCAGCCGAAGAAGCGGAACAAGACGGCGACACCGCCACUCUGCUGGAGCCCAAGACAGACAUCCACCAGCUGCUACAGAAAGAAGGUCUGUGUGGAAGCAUGAACUUUGAUGAAGCCAGUGAGCACGGAGACGAGGCAAAUGAGGAACGGACGGGUUCUCUGUUCUCCAACGCCGACGCACUCAGACCCGCGUCGGCUUCCAGUGGCAAAAACAUUCCUGAGGCAGUAAUCCCCGGAAUACUUUCUGCAGAAAGCGUCCUUGCAGAUGCAGCCAACCUGGAGGAGUUUGUGCUGCUGCCGGCUCCUCGUGGCGUCACCUUUAAAUGCAGGAUUACUCGGGACAAGAAGGGCAUGGACCGCGGCCUCUACCCCACCUACUAUAUGCACCUGGAGCGAGACGAAGAUAGAAAGGUGUUUUUGUUGGCAGGACGAAAGAGAAAGAAGAGCAAAACAUCCAACUACUUGAUUUCAGUGGAUGCCACAGAUCUGUCUCGAGACGGAGAGAGCUUCAUCGGCAAACUGAGGUCCAACUACACGGGUACUAAAUUCACAGUGUAUGACAGCGGCAUCAAUCCCGGCAAAAACCUCGGGAUGCUGCUGGAAGAAAGCAACACACGACAGGAGCUGGCUGCAGUCUGCUAUGAUACCAACCUGCUGGGAUUCAAGGGGCCACGUAAAAUGACUGUUGUCCUUCCAGGGAUGAACAUGAACCAUGAGCGGAUCCCUGUAAGGCCUCAAAAUGAACAAGAGAGCCUAGUGAACAGGUGGCAGACCAACGUGAUGGAAAACCUGAUUGAGUUGCACAACAAGGCCCCCGUUUGGAACGAAGACACCCAGUCUUAUGUACUGAACUUCCACGGUCGCGUAACACAAGCUUCAGUGAAAAACUUUCAGAUAGUACACGACAACGACCCUGACUACAUCAUUAUGCAGUUUGGAAGAGUUGCCGAAGAUAUCUUCACCCUUGACUACAACUAUCCCAUGUGUGCUCUUCAAGCUUUUGCCAUUGGUCUGUCGAGCUUUGACAAUAAGCUGGCCUGUGAGUAAUGGGAGAGUGUCCUGCAAGCAAACCACCUGCCGUGUUUCACUCAUCUUUCUUUUUGUUUUUCAUGCUGUAAAACAGCUUUACACGGGUAGUUUCAUAUGAUUUGAACCAUCUAUGUUCAGCUGCUGUUAAUAUGUAAAAAAUGUACAGGCUACAAGAGAAAACUCAUUCCAUCUUAUGGGACACCAUGUACAAGAAGAGCUGAUGUCAUGCUUAUAACUCAUGUAAAGAUAUAUGAACUGA